AUGGCAGAACACGAAAUAUUGCGAAUUUUGGAUUAUCUUGGAAGGUGGCAACUUUCAGACCAUAUUUCCUUUUGGAGUGAAAUACUCUAUAGCUUAAAUAAUGAUAGAGAUACUUGUAUAUCAUUGGCUCAAACUUGUCUCAGAGAGGUCAAUUUUACCCAAGCCUAUAAGUUUUUAAAGGAAGGACUGAAUAAAAAAAAUUACACAGAGAAUACUCAACCUUCUGGAGAAAAAGGAAAUAAUAACUUAGAUGAGUCUGAAUUACUUUGUAGAUAUCUUUUAACUCAAUGUUGCAUUAAACUUGGGAAGAUACAGGAGGCUGAAAAUAUAUUUACAAGUUGUUUUGUCGGAACAUUGUCUGAACUAUUAAAUAAUUCGACAAUAUCUCCUUCAAUAUCCCCAAAGUCAUGGAAAGGAACACCUAUAGUAAAUUCCAAUAAUAAAACAGCAUCAGAUAUGUUUUUGUCUCUAUGCAGCAAUCCAAUUUUACUAAUUAAAUCUAUUCAUAAUGGCUCUUUAAAGAUUCCCGGAGAGUCGGCUGGGCUUUAUAUUAUGGGAAAGUUAUUUGAACUGUUAGAUUUAAAAUUGGCUGCUUUAUACUGCUAUGUGAUAGCUGUUGAUUGGAAUCCAAUACUAUGGAAAGCUCAUGAACGUUUAGUUUAUUUGUCAUGCCAAAUGCCCCAAGAAUUGGCAGAUAUUUGUUGUAGUUUGAAUACUUGGAGUGAAAAGUACUGUGAACUAGAGAAUAUAAGUGUUAAUGGUAGUCUCUCAUCUUGUCUAUCUAUCUAUACUGAAGAGUCAAACAAGUGGACUGUUAAGAAAGUUCAAGAUGGGAAUCUAAUCGUAACUUUGAGAGGAACUUCUGAAAGUGAAGACUGUAUAUGUUUGAAUAUUGCAGAUUUUUUUUACAACUUAGAGGAUUUUAGUUCACCUAGACAACAAUAUAGAUAUAAAUCAUUUUAUUUAUGGUUAGAGUCUGUACAAAGUGGACAUAUAACAACUUCUUUAAAAUGGCCAUAUUCUAAAUAUUUUGACAAUAACUUUAAAAAUUCAGAAUCAACAGCAAAAUGGAAUAUGAUUGGUUCAGAUAGGGUAAAUAAAGCAAUGGUAAAUAUUAAGUGUAAUAAUGAAAAUAAAUAUAGAGAUUCUAGUUGUGAGCUAAGAUCUGGUUCAAUAUUUGAGAUAUUACUACCUUUAGCAAGAUUACUGUACCAAUCGGAAUGGUAUCAAUGUAACGGCGUAAUUAAAGCUAUUGAAUCUUUCCCAAAACCUCUUAGUGGACUUAGCCUGGUGAUAGAAUUACAUGUAAAGGCUUUAUUUGAAUCAAGUUUAUGGGAAGAGUGCAAUAAUUUAUGCUCUAAGAUAAACCCACAUAAUAAUCGCCAGCAAUGGAUAAAUUGCUUAGAUUUAUAUAGUUCUUGCUUGUGGCAAUUGAAAAGGAGCGUUGAAUUAAUAAAUUUGGCAAACUUAGUUCUUCAGUUAGUUGAGAAGGAUGUUCCUCAACUCUGGGUUGUUAUUGGAAAUUGCUUCUCACUUCAUAGAGAAUAUGAAAGUUCAAUUAAAUGUUUCAAAAAGGCUGUACAAUAUAACCCAGGAUAUAUAUAUGCAUAUACACUAAUUGGGCAUGAAUUUUCGAUAAUAGAGAAAUAUGAUGAAGCUAUUCAAAUGUAUCAGAGAGCCUUAAAAUUGGACCCAAGGUGUCACAGGGCUCAUUGGGGAAUAGGUUAUGUAUGGUUUAAACGUGAGGAAUAUUAUCAAGCUAGAGCACAUUUUAACAUUGCUCUACAAAUAGUCCCUAAUAAUUCUACUUUAAUUCACUAUUUAGGGCUCUGUCAUCUUAUAACACAUGAUUUUCUCACAGCUUAUAAUACAUUUCAAAAGGGAAUAUUGAGAGAUCCUAGAAAUCCAUGGUUGAAGUAUCAUGCUGGAGUUGUAUUACUUGAGCUUGAAAGAUAUGAAGAAGCUCUAACAAUGCUAACUGCAGCCCAUCGUCUAGCAUCAAAUGAGCCUAAUAUACAUCUAUAUCUUGGUAAGAUAUACGCUCAACUUACUAGGAAGGAUAAAGCACUGCGACAUCUUAAUAUAGCGUUUGAUCUAACAAAAGACAUUAAUGAAAAACAAAUAAUCUUAAAUUUAAUGAAAGAUUUGGAUGAUGGUAUACCUUUAGAUAGUAAUAAUGCACAUAAAGUUAAUGGGAAUGGAUCUAGUACUAGUGUCAAUAGUACAUUUAAUAACAAGAUAUUGUCUUCAUUUAGAAAUCAUCACUUCUUUCCAAUACGUAGUGAUCCCCCUAAUCCAUUUACAUAUCAGCAAUCACAAACAUCUCAUACUCUUCCUACAUCUUCAAAUACACCAAUGAUUACAAAUAAUCAUUCAUUAUUGCUAUCUUUUAUGCCUGGAAAUAAUCCUUGA